CCAAAUUCGGAAACUACAACACAAAGCUCUAACAGCUGAAGUUGUCUGCGUCUCGCACACAGUUUUCUAAUUCGAACCUCAAUUUUCCACGAAAAAAAGCUUAUUUUUACUGUAAUAUUCUCAGGUAUGGCACCAAUACAGACAGAUGGCGCGAGGAAUCUUGAGGGACAAGACGUUUACAGGAGAAGGUCUGAACAUCGAGAUCGCGAACGAAGAGCUUGUCAUCAACGGGAAAGAAGUGACAGGAAAAGAGGUGAUAGAUCUGAAAGAGGACCUAGUCCACUGAGAAGUCCCAGAACAUACAGAAGUAAUGGUUUCAGUGCAAACAGCAGCAGGCGGAGUACUGAUAAUAAAUCUGGAAGAGGAGCUAGCCCGCUGCGAAGACUGCGAACUUACAGUGAUGACGAAGAUUGUAGUUUUGCUGGCAGGAGAAAUCAUCGGUAUUCUUCUGUAAGGAGAUCUGCAUGGAGGAGAGUAGAGGAACCAGUGUUCCCAGUGUGUAGCUAUCUGAAUGAUUCAUACGACUUCCCACCUCUAGGUAGUCGAGAAAACAAGUACACUCCUGAAAGUCAGCGCAAAGAGGCAAAAUCUCUCAAACCUGUUAAUGAUUGGGGUACUAUGGUGGAGGAAGAGGAGGAGGAACGUCAAAUGGCCAAGAGGAAACUAAUACUAAGUGCAAGCAGUGACAGCUCGCGAGAAAGAAAAGAGAGCAACAGUUCAAAAAAACCAGUUGAAACCGAUGAAAGCAUACUUCUUCGUAGACAGAAGCAAUUGGAUUAUGGAAAAAACACCGCAGUGUAUGGAGAGUUUAUUCAACAAGUUCCAAGAGGUAAAAGAUGCAAGGACCAUCCACGUACGCCCAACAAGUACCAGGUCAGCAGCCGCAGGUCGUGGGACAUGCAAAUUAAGUUGUGGAAGAAGAAACUACACAAUUGGACGGCAAUGUCUGGUGACGAGAACGUGUCUACUGCUUCUAGUGAUGAAGCCUGUAUAGCUGGAGCUGGAAGGAGAGAUUUACUUUCCGGGGACAGUUGUUCUGACAGCACUGGAUCUAUAGAACACACUAUGGAUAUUGAAGACUGCGAUGAUGCUGAUUCUGCUUUUGAAACCCCAUCAAACUCACAAGAAACUGACGUCAUGGAUGCCGAUACAAGUCUACCAGCAUGGACAGAUGUAUCUGGUAUAUUUCAAACUCUCAUGGCUGUAACAAAAGCAAUGUCCAAUGAGGUCGUAGAACCAUCAGCCCAUCCAACAAAUAGUGUGAUCCAAACUGAUGAUCCAAAACGGAAGAAGAAUUUCAUCGAUGAAUUUGACUUGGACAGUUGUCUCCAGGAUGAGGAUGGAGUUGAACUGUAAAUCCUUGAGAAAAUCUGAAUUGUUAAUUGAUAUUUAGUACAAAUAAUAUCAAUACAGCUACAGAUGAAGUGACAAUCACAAGAAGCAGAUGGCACAUUAAAAAAAAAACAUUGAUGUUUCCACCUAGAAUUAAUCAGGUUUGACACAGACUUUUUGUUCUGGCCGUGUCAGUGAGUGAAUUAGUGUUAAUUGCAAAUAUUGAAGCCCCACACUUUAUAGAUUUUCUGUGGGUUGUCAAUAUUCUUGAACCACUCCACCCCCCUAAAAAAAUCCAGGUGUGGCAGCCAGUCAGCAAAUUUCUGUUUUUCAACAAAUAAGAUAUUCAUAUAUUUUAUGUUAAUCAUUUUUACUUGUAUAUAUAAUAUUUUUUUUAAUUUCUUGUUGAGAGAUUUUGUAUUUUAUCACACUUGGCAGUAAAAGUAAUGUUGUGCCUUUUUUAUCGUGUUGAUUAUUCAUCAUGAAACACCAUUAGAUAGAUAUCCGGACAGAUAACAAUUGACGGUGAUGAAAGGCUGGUACAGAUGAGAUUGGUUCUGCUUUUCCUGUGGUUUAGAAAAAAACAAACUACAAAACUGUUGAAACACUUGAUAGAAUCAACAACCCGAGUUGAAGAGAUUGCAUUAUGAUCACUGAAAGAAGUGCAUUUCAAUGUAAUUAAAACAUAGUACUAAAGUGUUGCAAUCGUAAUGAUUUCUAUGCAUCUUGUCCUGUCAAUUAUCUUUGUCCUAUGAAUUCAGUUCAACCUACUGUGAAGUACUUUAUUUUCACUUGGAAUUAAUUUUCGCUGACAGGAUGAAUUUGUGAAAAUAAAAUCCAGAGAAAAUACUUUUAUUUUACAUUUCACCAUCAAAAUUCAUUGAAAAUAAAUGUUAUACAAAACAUCUUUUCAAUGAAAAUUAUUCGAGCUAAAAUAAAGUAUUUUACAGUAUUUCCUGAAUGUAGCAAUUGACCACUCAGUGUAUGAUUCAGGGGCCUACAAAUAAUUUGACUUUCCACUGGCCUUUAAUUGAUGUUUUCGGCAUAUUAAACUUCACAAAUUUGUCAGAAACAAGUUCUUUUGUCAUUUUAAAUGUUAAUUUAAUUCAGUGGAGUUUAUUUAUCAGCAAAAAAUAGCGAAAUUAAAACUCAGUAUGCAUGUAGAAAUUCUUCAGCCCAUGUUGCAGGUUUUUCACAACUUUUCAUCUGUAUUCAUUAACCACCUUCAAUACUUGGGUUAAUAAUCAUCAUUCCUUGGGUUAAUAAUCUUAUAUUAAGCUAUAAAAUAUAUAUAUAUUGAGUUUAAAAUUACAAAGAAAAUAUUAGACUUUUCUUUUGAAAGACACCAAAGGUGGACGGAUACCUUCAUGUAUGAUCUUGUUUUUAUUUUCAGUUGUGGAAGGAAAACUACUGUACCGGUAUUAGAUUUUAUGAAAACAAAUUUUGUUUUAUAAAUCAAUACUGUAAAUUUUUUUUAUUUUAGCUGGAAUUUUUGCCUAAAAGAUUUUUUGGGAGUUUUGUAUGGAAUUUGUUUUCACUGAUUUUUGACGAGUUGAGUGUAAAAAUAUAGGAAAAAGGUAUAUUCGUUGGUUUUUAUUUUCACUGAAUCAUUCCUUCAGCAAAAAGUAUUUUACAGUACUGUAUUAUUUUUUAUUGGAGACACAGUUGAAGUGUUAGCCAUUUAAUGCAUCAAUAUAUACCUAGAACAAUCCACAAGUACAAACAGUUGCUUUUCUGUGCCUCUAUUUUGACACUGCUUCUAAUACAACAAAUUUGGCAUUAAAAUUAAAUUUCCAUGUAAAUAGCAACUUUUUUUAAAGCAGUUACGUAGUAGUGUAAUUUUUAUUGUCUGGAAUUUUAAAUUUAAAACUUAAUAGUAAAUUAAAGUGUUUAUUAUACUUAAUAAACGGAGAGAAAACAAA